AUGGGCGUGCCUCCGGAUGAGGCAGUCGAUCAAUACGCGGACCCGAACGCUUUCAACGAAGGCGAAACUGCUCCCACCGAUGCAGUUCCAGGCGAGGAUGCCGUUCCCGGGGAAAAUGCGCAAGAUCCGUUCCUUCCCCCGGAAGACGCCUACCUGCCCGACGAUACUACUCCCGCAGACGAGCAACAGCCUGCUGGCGAACCGGCUCCGGGGGACAUCCCCUCAGAAACCACCACUGCGCCGGACGACAUUCCCCCGGAAACCACCACUGCGCCGGAGGACAUUCCCACUGAUACCCCUCCCGUUGAGGAUGCAGCCCAGCCGACGGAUACCGCGUCUGCUGCGUUUGCUCCUGACACGACCGACGCUAAUUUCGAUCCUGAUGCCGCCACUCCCGUCGACGCGACGGUUCCAACAGAAUCUGCCACCGUGGCUGUUGAUGAUACGGUGACUGCGGGUAACGGCACGAUGUACGACUUCCAAGGCGCGUACGAUAAGAUGAAGGGUGGCGAUCUCUCCACAGAGGCCAUUAUUGGUAUCGUCGCUGCGCUACCCUACCCGUCGCGCGGCCAUUCCCUUCCCAUCGCGCGGCUGGGAUCUUCCUUUCGCGUGGCAAUAUCCUCCGUCGCGCUGCUAUUUCCUCAAGUCCCUCCCCCUCCCGCGUCCAUUCCCAUUCCCCUCAGGCUUGCAUCCAUAACCCUCCCGCUGCCAUUCCCUUCCCUCCCACUUCCAUCCCCUACCCCGCACGCUGUCAUUCCCUUCCCCGCACGCAGUCAGCAUGGCUCUGACGUCAUCAUGGUGAAGCAGACAGCGACACAGCAGGAGAUCAAGAAGGCUUACUACAAGCUCUCCCUCAAAUACCAUCCAGACAAGAAUCCAGAGCCAGACGCGCAAGCCGUAUUCUCCAAAAUCGCCAACGCUUAUGAGAUUUUGUAUGAUGCGGAGAAGAGGGAGCAAUAUGACUAUGCCAUCGCGCAUCCAGAGCAGUUCUUCUACAACACUGCACGCUACUACCAAACUUAUUAUGCUCCUAAGACGGACAUUCGACUCAUCCUGCUUGCAGCGCUGUUGCUGCUCUCGUCCUUCCAGUACCUCAACGAUCACAUUCGAUACAACCAGGCUAUAGAGCACGCCAAGCAGACCCCAGCCUACCGCAAUCGCUUGAAACAGCUGGAGCUGGAAAGGGCUGCGGCUGCUGCUGCUGCUGCCAGCACCACUGGUGGAGGCAGAGGGAAGCGUGGAGGGGGCCGGCGUGGAGGAAGGUAG